AUGAGCCGCCUCGUGGUCGCCAUCGGCCACGUCGAGUUCACGGGCGGCAGCCAGGUGCUGUACGUGGUCAAGGUGCAGCAGGACGCCGACGAGUGGGAGGUGCGCCGCACGUACUCGGACUUCCGCAAGCUGCGCGACGACGUGCAGCGCGUCAUGAAGGACGCGCGCGCGCACAUCCUGGACGACGCGUGCUCGCGGGACUUCGCGCGCGAGCUGCAGGAGCUGCCGUUCCCGGCCAAGCGGCUCUUCGGCAGCCGCAAGGACCACGUGGUCAAGGAGCGCGCCGUGGAGCUGCACCGCUUCCUCAUCAAGCUGCUCUUCCUCACGCACACGUACCGCAAGGCGCAGAAGGCGCGCUACGACCAGUACGUGCAGGCGCUGCCCUCGCACCAGCAGGCGGCGUACGCGGCGCUGCAGGACCGCACGCAGGCCAGCGUCAGCGUGUUCUACCUGCUGCGCGACUUCCUCAAGCCCGUGACCAUCAAGACGGACGUGCCGCCGCACUCCGGGGACCUCCUGGGCUCGGCGUCGGACGGCGCGUUCCACGGCGCCAACGAGCAGAGGGAGAGCUCGCCCAAGCGGCUCAUCCGCGAGAGCAAGAUCCUCGCCAUGAGGAGCUCCAACGCCAGCGAGCGCAAUCAGCAGCAGAGCAGCAUGGAGGCCAUGCGGAUGGCCGAGAAGAUGCAGCAGCACCAGCGCAGGGAGCAGCAGGUGGAGAAGAUGCGGCACGAGCAGCACAAGCAGCAGCAGCAGCAAAGAAAGCAGAGCGAGGCCGCGGACCCCGCCCUUGACAGCUCCGUUGCGGCGUCCAGUGCCGGCAACAAUUCCUCCAAGACUGUGAGGAUGAACGACUUGAUGGCGGCCUCUGAGAGGUCCCGCGCUGAGGCCAGCUCAUUGAGGCAGCAGUUCUUGCAGAAGCAGCACAGCGCCUCCAGCACGUCGGCGCUGGAGAACGAGCAUCGGAUGCAGAGGCAUUAUUCCACGCCCGACGGACACGCAGCGAUCAUGAAGAACCGCACGGCGCGGGCGGCCACGUCCACGUCGGCGCUCAGCUCCGUGGCGUCGUCGUCGCAUGACGAGUCGGAGCCCGAGAAGGAGAAACAUCUUGCGUCGCCAUCUGUGCCUUCGUCGACGUCGUCCACAGCUUCUGGAGAUGAAGUAAAGCUGGUUGAUUUGUCCUCCCUGGCUCAGUACAAGACGAAGAAGACGAGUCCACGGCGGGAUAGUCACUCCAGCGACAGGUCCAAGUCGUCCCACAAGGCCAGUACCACUGAAAAGAAGGACAAGAAGGAGAAAAGCUCCACGCGCACCAAGGAGAAGAAGACUUCGCGUAUCAAGAGGAAGGCAAAGUCGGCAAAGAACACCCAAAUGACCGACUCUGAACGCAUGUCCCGUGUCAGCUCGGCCCUGAACGCUCAGGCCAUCUCGAUCAACGCUCAGCGGGAAUUGGAGAAGUACAUCUCCGAGUACAGCGCCAUCAUGAUUCUGCGGUACGUGGACCGGUUUAUCAACAAGGCUGUGAUGAAGGCUCCCGGCUGCUAUCGUGUGAAUGCGCAGCACCGUCUCGUCAUUGAUAGCCAGCGCUUCCUGCAGGAGCUUGAAGAUACUUUCACGGAUCUGCCGAGCAACUUUGGCGAUUUGUUCCAGACCGAUCACGACGAGUUGGCCUUCCCUCCUGCGCUCGAUAGGUAUGUGCAGCUGAAGUGGGACUCGUUCCAGUCGAUGGGCGGCAGCAACAGCAUCAGCCACGACAACGGACACAGCAGUGCAGCCGACCAAACGUCCGAUUCCGAUGACUCGGACACUGAGUACGAGUACGAAGAAGUCGGCGGCGGUGGUUACAUGACAGCCAAGCAGACUUUCUCGAACGACGAGGAGUCGAUGCUGCAGGAGAUGAUCGCCAACGGGACGGCCGGACGCGAGCAGAUGCUUCGUCUGCGGCGACAGAUCAACGAGCAGGGUUGGAAUCGACGUGAAAAUCCGGGCUCUCGGUCUCAACGCGUGAUCGAGGAGGCGUCGUCGUCCGAAUCGGAUGAUGAAGAGGCCCUGUCUCGACUGAGAGAGAAGCGCAGAUCCAAGCGACGCGAGCCCAAACGCAGCGUGUCUUGUGUCGUGGAGAAGUAUCAGCAGGAGCAGAACGCGCGGCGGAAGGACCGCUUGCAGAGUUUUGGCGGCCCGAUCGGCGGUUUCGUGUAA